GCCCAUCAAACCACCCGAAUUGUUAACCAGCUCGCCCACACUGCCCACAGUCACGCACGACCAAACAAAGCCAGAAGAAAAUCGAAAUAAAGGUGUCGUGGCCGCCUGCCGCUUAACCGCCCAUAUAAGAACACCAUCGACCGCAUUGUUGGCUCAGCCAAGCCAGCGAUCGCCGCCAAAAUGGAGGAUCAUUUCGGCCGGAAGGUAUCCAGGGAGGAGGAGGAGGAGGCGGCGGUGAAGCCGACGAGGAGCUUCCGGUACGAGGACUACAGCACCAGGCGGGUGUUCCUGCGAAGCUACCCUCUGCAAUGGGACUCGCCGGCGCCCGGCGGCGAGAAGCAGGGCGAGGCGGAGGACGACGAGGACCACCGGUACGACGACGACGGCGGCGGGCGCGACAGGCGGUGGAAGCGGCAGGUGGUGGUGGCGGUGGUGGAGUGGGGGGAGGAGAAGCUGCUGCUGCUCAGGAGGGUCAAGAAGCGGCUGGCGCUCUACCUCAUCGGCUGCCACUACAGCCGCCCCGCGCUGCCGUACAAGUCCGGCGGCGGCUCCUGCACCACCGCCAUGCUCAAGUCCAUGUGAUCUCGCCGCCAUGGCGAGCCGGCUCGGCUGCUCGUGUCCAUGGUACGAACGCAGCGGGCGGUUGUUUAGCCCGUGAGCGACCGGAUCUUCGUGUGCCGUCAGGCCUUUAAUUCUCUGCUGCUCUGUUUUGCGCGCCUGAAAUACUCUGUAUCUAUGUGUGUCCCUACGUAGAGGUAAUAAGAGUUUGUACAAGUGGUUGAACGCUCGUGUAUAUAUUGUCUUGUGAAAUCUUUGUCAUAUGAUAGAUGGACAGACCAUA